AUGCUGGAUUGUUUCAAUUAAAAAGUAUCCUUCUCUUGCAGUUACGACCAUUUCCUAACAAUUGAUGAGAAAGAUGUUUUAUAUAAUUUCUAAGUUAAGGGCUCUAUUGCUUAUCAUUAACUUCAGUUAAAAUACAUUAAUAAUACUUAAACUAUUAAAAAUUUCACUUUUGGUUUUGGCUUGCCUGAAGAUUUUUGCUUUGAUAAUUUAAGUAUAAAGAUAGAUGAAAAAAUAAUUAGCUGCCUAGUUAAAGAGAAACAGGAGGCAAAAUUAGAAUAUCAAAAUGCUCUAAGAUAAGGAAAAACAGCUGCACUAGGCUCAUUUUAAGAUUAGAGAGGGUACUUUUAAGUUUAAGUAGGAAAUAUUGAGAAAGAUUAAGAAUUCUUGAUUUGCUUUAAUUACAUAGAAUAAUUAACUCUACAAGGUGAAUAUUACAAUAUGACUUUGCCAUUUAUAAAGAAUGAAAAUUAAAUAUCAUUUGAGAAUCUUAAAAUAAUUGGUGAUAUUUAUGCAUAAACUGAAUAAGAUUGUAUUGUUUCAAAUGAAUUUAAUAAUUCUCAGUUUAAUAAUUUGGUUAGAUUCACAUAAGUUACAGCUUAUCAUACUGAAGUAUUUGCAUAGUUUUCUAAAGAAACAUUAAAAUAGAUUUUCUUAAAUGGAUUGAAUCUAGAAUUUUUAAAGAUCAAAUAUGAUAAAUAGAAUGUCACUUUGCUUUCAAGCUAUUAAAAUGAUUCUGAAAUAUCUCCAUAUUGUGUCUUACUCAAUUUUGUACCUAAUACUGCUUAAGUCAAAAAAUAACUUUUUAGAUAAGCCUAAAAUGAAAUAGAAUUAAUGAAGGCAGAGUUUUUACUUCUUAUUGAUAGAAGUGGUUCUAUGCAAGGUUCUAAUAUAGAAACAGCUAAAUAGGCAUUGAUCUUCUUUUUGAAAUCUCUCCCAGAAGGUUCUAUCUACAAUAUCAUAUCAUUUGGUACUGACUAUACAGUAAUGUAUCCACAAUCUGUUUAAGUUAAUGAUUAAAAUUUACAAGAUUCAAUAGAUAAAAUUGAAAAAUUCUAAGCAGAUAUGGGUCUUAUAUUUCUUAAGCUUUAAGAUGGAGAAUUCGGAGAUUCUUAAUCAGCAUUAGAGGUAGUCAAGAAGAACAAACAUAGGUGUGAUAUCAAUGCACUGUGCAUUGGCUUUUAUGAAUUUUUAUAUGCUAAAUAAAUUUUAAAUGAAACAGGAGGUAAUUUUUAGAAAGUAACUGAUACCUCCUAAAUUAUUUCUUAAGUAAUUUAAUUACUUAAAGACUCAUUUGAAAACUUUAACAGCAUAUAAAUGAGUAUGACAUCAGAUCAUGAUGAUUGCAUAAAUUGUAUUGUUCCUCAUCCUUAACAAAUAUGCUAUAUCGAUACAUCUAAAACUUUGAGAUUUUAUAUUUUCUUAAAUAGAAAGCUAGAAGAAGUGCAAUAAAUAAAAUUUAAACUGACAACUACUUACUAAGGGAGCUAAAAAACAGAAGAUGAGUAUAUUGUUGAUAUUAAAGACCAAAUUUCAAACGAAUUUGCACAUAUUCAUAAGAUGGGUUUAUACUAGUUAAUUAGAUAAGUGAUUAUUAAUUAGUAAAGAAAAUGUGAAAAUGUGUUUGAUGAUAUUUCUAAUGCCAUGAAACUUUCUUAAGAUAAGAUGACAGAAUUGCUCAAGAAUGAAGCUAUUAGGUAUUAAAUCUUAUGUGAGUAUACUGCAUUUGUAGGUAGUGAAAAUUAAAUUAAAAAAAAAUGGUCUAUAGGAGGAAUAUAUGAAAAUGAUAUUCAUGAAAUCUAAAAAGAAUGUUUGUUUGCUUCUGAAUGUUUUAAUAACUUAAAAGAAUAAAUAAGAAGAGAAAUAGAUGAAAUUGAAAUGGAAAUGGAUAUAUGUUUGUGUCCAAUAGAAUAAAAUAAUGAUACUUUUCUUCAAAAAUUCACUCAAAAAAAUUAGUAAUUGGAUAAAAUAAAAAAUAAAAGUAGAAUUAUAAAUUCAAGUUAUAAAAAUCCAAGAAAAUCUGAUGGUAGUGGUUGUUGUGGAGGUUCAAAUAGAUAAUUAUUCAAAAGUAAUAUAACUUUAAAAAGUAUCUGGGUUGUGGUCAUAUUCUGA